AGGCGGCCGGGGCGGCGCUGGCUGCGGAGGCCGCGGCGGGAGCGCGGCGCGGGAGCUCGAGGCUGAGACUCACCGGAGGGAGCGGCGCAAGCGCCCCGCCAUCGUCCCGUGUUAUAAUUUUGCCGCUGGACUCUUCCCUCCCUUCCCCCACCCCAUCAGGAUGAUAUGAGACUUGAAAGAAGACGAUGCAUACAGGAGGAGAGACUUCAGCAUGCAAACCUUCAUCUGUUCGGCUUGCACCGUCAUUUUCAUUCCAUGCUGCUGGCCUUCAGAUGGCUGGACAGAUGCCCCAUUCACACCAGUACAGUGACCGUCGCCAGCCAAAUUUAAGUGACCAGCAGGUUUCUGCCUUAUCAUAUUCUGACCAGAUUCAGCAACCUCUAACUAACCAGGUGAUGCCUGACAUUGUCAUGUUACAGAGGCGGAUGCCCCAAACCUUUCGCGAUCCAGCAACUGCUCCUUUGAGAAAACUUUCUGUCGACUUGAUCAAAACAUAUAAGCAUAUUAAUGAGGUUUACUAUGCAAAAAAGAAGCGAAGACACCAACAAGGCCAGGGAGACGAUUCCAGUCACAAGAAGGAGCGGAAGGUUUACAACGAUGGUUAUGAUGAUGAUAACUAUGAUUAUAUUGUAAAAAACGGAGAAAAAUGGAUGGAUCGUUAUGAAAUUGACUCCUUGAUAGGCAAAGGUUCAUUUGGACAGGUCGUAAAAGCCUAUGAUCGAGUGGAACAAGAAUGGGUUGCCAUUAAAAUAAUAAAGAACAAGAAAGCGUUUCUGAAUCAAGCCCAGAUAGAAGUGCGGCUGCUUGAGCUCAUGAACAAACAUGACACUGAAAUGAAGUACUACAUAGUGCAUUUGAAACGCCACUUUAUGUUUCGAAACCAUCUUUGUUUAGUUUUUGAAAUGCUGUCCUAUAAUCUCUAUGAUUUGCUGAGGAACACCAACUUCCGAGGGGUCUCUUUGAACCUAACACGAAAGUUUGCACAGCAGAUGUGCACAGCACUGCUUUUCCUUGCGACUCCAGAACUUAGUAUCAUUCACUGUGACCUAAAGCCUGAGAACAUCCUCCUGUGUAACCCCAAACGAAGUGCAAUCAAGAUCGUUGAUUUUGGCAGUUCUUGUCAGUUGGGGCAGAGGAUAUACCAGUAUAUUCAGAGUCGCUUUUAUCGGUCUCCAGAGGUGCUACUGGGAAUGCCUUAUGAUCUUGCUAUCGACAUGUGGUCCCUUGGAUGUAUCUUGGUUGAAAUGCAUACUGGAGAGCCUCUGUUCAGUGGUGCCAAUGAGGUGGACCAGAUGAGUAAGAUAGUGGAAGUCCUGGGCAUCCCGCCUGCUCAUCUCCUCGACCAAGCGCCCAAAGCAAGGAAGUUCUUUGAGAAGUCGCCCGAUGGCACUUGGAACUUAAAGAAGACCAAAGAUGGAAAACGGGAGUACAAACCACCAGGAACCCGGAAACUUCACAAUAUUCUUGGAGUAGAGACAGGAGGGCCUGGCGGACGGCGUGCUGGGGAAUCGGGUCAUACGGUAGCUGACUACUUGAAGUUCAAAGACCUCAUUUUAAGGAUGCUUGAUUAUGACCCCAAAACUCGGAUUCAACCAUAUUAUGCCCUGCAGCACAGUUUCUUCAAGAAAACAGCCGACGAAGGCACAAACACAAGUAACAGUGUGUCCACCAGCCCCGCGAUGGAGCAGUCCCAGUCUUCAGGCACCACCUCCAGCACGUCGUCCAGCUCAGGUGGAUCCUCAGGAACGAGCAACAGUGGGCGAGCCAGAUCAGACCCAACGCACCAGCAUCGGCACAGCGGUGGACACUUCACAGCUGCUGUCCAGGCCAUGGACUGUGAGACACACAGUCCCCAGGUGCGUCAGCAGUUCCCGGCUCCCCUGGGCUGGUCAGGCACUGAAGCUCCUACACAAGUCACUGUUGAAACUCGUCCUGUUCAAGAAACAACCUUUCAUGUAGCCCCUCAGCAGAAUGCACUGCACCAUCACCAUGGAAACAGUUCCCAUCACCACCACCACCACCAUCACCACCACCACCACCAUGGACAGCAAGCCUUGGGUAACCGGACCAGGCCAAGGGUCUACAAUUCUCCAACAAAUAGCUCCUCUACCCAGGAUUCUAUGGAGGUUGGCCACAGUCACCACUCCAUGACAUCCCUGUCUUCCUCAACGACUUCUUCCUCGACAUCUUCCUCCUCUACUGGUAAUCAAGGCAAUCAGGCCUAUCAGAACCGCCCAGUGGCUGCUAAUGCCUUGGACUUUGGACAGAAUGGAGCUAUGGACGUUAACUUGACCGUCUACUCCAAUCCCCGCCAAGAGACUGGCAUAGCUGGGCAUCCAGCAUACCAAUUUUCUGCUAACACAGGCCCUGCACAUUACAUGACUGAAGGACACCUGACGAUGAGGCAAGGGGCUGAUAGAGAAGAGUCUCCCAUGACAGGAGUUUGUGUGCAACAGAGUCCUGUAGCUAGCUCGUGACUACAUUGAAACUUGAGUUUGUUUCUUGUGUGUUUUUAUAGAAGUGGUGUUUUUUUCCCAAAAACAAAGUGCAAAGCUGCUUGAAUCAGAAGGAGAUUAACACACUGAACCGCUACAAGAGGGCAGAGCUGACUUUUUUUAACUUGAAAAGAUUGCAAAGGGACAGUGCAGUUGUUAAGAGCCAUGUCCACCUGUCUUCACGGAGAGCUCCGAGGUGCCCUCUUUUUGCCCCACCUUAACCUGCCGUCUCCCCGUCAUAUGGGUUUGUCUUUCUACCCAACAAAAGUUAAUGUUCAGAUGUUGGUCUUGGUCAUUUGCCAACUAAUUUUAAAAUAAAAAGGCACUGCACAUAAUUUGCAUAAAGGGCCCCAUAAGGGUGGUUUUUUAAAUUUUUUUUUUAUUUUUUGGUUUUUGUUUUGUUUUUUC